AUGGCCUUUAUCAUGGAUGGAAAUCGGCGCUGGUCUCGAGCCAAUGGGCUACGUGUCCAGGAGGGUCACCAUAUUGGCUUUGAAACGCUAAAGCGCGUCCUGGACCUAUGUCUUUCGCUCAAACGGAUCGAGAUUGUCACCGUAUAUGCUUUCGCGAUUGAUAAUUUUAAGCGGGAUGCAUCCGAAGUGGACGCGCUGAUGGAAUUAGCCCGCACACGUCUACUGGAGCUGUAUCACGAAGGAGAGUUUGUGGCACGAUAUUCACUACGAAUUCGUAUAGUCGGACAGCGCGAUCUUCUACCUGCAGCUGUCCAGGAAACAGCAAAGCGCGUCGAAGAUGCGACGCGAGACAAUACAGGGCCCACACUGAAUAUCUGCAUGCCCUAUGCCGCACAGCAUGAGAUCAGCUGCGCUGCCUCGGAUGCUGCCCAAGAAAGCCGCCCUAUCACCCAAGAGACGCUGGCGUCUCAUCUAAUGGUACCAACAGACGUCCCCAUCGACAUUCUUGUGCGCACGUCGCAUGUAUCCCGACUGAGUGACUUUUUGCUCUGGCAAUGCAACGAGCAAACACAGCUUCACUUCGUGGACGAAUACUGGCCCAUGUUCGGCGCUAAAGAAAUGCUAUACAUUCUUCUGUCGUAUCAACAGGCGUGUACUAAACGAACAGGUUGUUAG